CUCUGGGAAGUGGGAGGGAGUGGCCAUGCGCUCGGGUUUUGGUGAAUACAUUUAGUGACAAUUUGAAAAAAAAAAUAUCAGGAAAUCGAACGAAAACAUGUAAAACAAAUUGAAAAGGAAGAAAACGAAUCAUGGAAAAUGAUGCCACAGAAAACGGGAUACUGCAUGUUUCAUCAGGGGAUCCUCGUGGAAUUUACGGCGCUUGUAAAGAUGUCAACAUUUCUUACAUCUACCAUGUUGAGGGCACAUGCGAUGGCCGGAUGUCCCUCCCCCUCAUGGUCGUCAUGUUGGUUCUGGGAUUCAUCACAUUCUUCGUCAACCUCGGAGUCAUCAUCAGAACCAUCAAGAUUCUGCGCCACAGCCAUGACAACAAACCCGCUUUCUAUUUUAUAGGAAAUCUCGCCCUAAGUGACCUGGCUAUUGGCCUAUAUGUGAUUAUUGCUUUUCUGAUGCAUAUGACACGCAGAGGUGACCUUUGGCAGCAGACAACGUGUACAUUGCAAAUAGCCGUUGCGGUGACGGCCUGCCAGGAGACAAUCUUCACCAUUGUGCUGAUAGCGGUAGACAAAUACCUUUAUAUCUGCCACGGCCUCAAAUACCACCAGAUUGUCACCACCAACAGAGUGUAUGCUGCUGUCAUGCUGUCUUGGGUGUUGUCCCUUAUCAUAGGUUGGCUUCCGGCCAUGGGGAUGAAGAUGAGCUGGGAAGAGUCGUGCAGUCGCUGUGCUUUCGCUCAAGUCAUAUCGCCAAACUUCUCCAUUAUUUUCUUCAUUACGUCUGUGGCCUUUCCCUACGCCGUGGUGGUGACGCUGUACUCGAUGCUGCUCGUGCUGGCGGUCAAGAUGCAGAAGUCGCGCUACGGGGGAUCCUACACCGGCAGGACCUCCGCCAGGUCGUCGAACUUCAGACUCUCUCUCAUGUCGAAGAAGUCCACCAAGUCCACCAAGUCCAUCUCGACAACCACCACGACCAGCUCCUCGAGUGGGACCCUGAGGAAGGCCGGGCGGCGGCAGAUGCGGCGGAAGGCCCUGGAGGAAUACAAGGCCACCCUCCCAGACUUCGCCGAGAGGGACGUGACGGCCAAGCUGAUCGCGCACAGGUCGGUGUCCGAGGAGGAGGAGGGGAAGGGAGGCGGGCCGAAGGAGGGAGGAGGAGGAGGAGGCAGUGCUGUGAUGGAGGGUAAUAACGCCGAGGAGGGAAGGCAGGAAAAUGAAGUCUUGUACAAAGAUAAGGAUGAAAAUAAGACGAGAGAUUCACAAGAUGGGGAUAUAGUGGGUAGACCUUAUACUACUGAGGAAGACAUUCCAUACAUUUCGCCAAAGAGCGCCGAAGAUGAUAUCGAAAGUGAACGAGACGACUGUGUGAACGAAGGAACGGUAGAACAAGACGAAGCAGAGACAAAUACUAACAGAGAACAAGAUGAAGAAAACGACAUCGACCACACUGAUCAAGAACAAGAACAGGAACAAGAACGCUCCUCGACGAACAAUGAAAACUCUCCCGAACCUCGUGAACCGGACGAAAAAACAGAUAAACGAGACAGCAUCGAGUCUUCAGAAGUAUCCCCUCCAACAAAGAUGGCGGACGAAGAAAACGGCGACGCAAAGAAAACGGAAGAGAGCGCGUCCCGAAGGAGUACUUGGCUCCCGACGAAAUACUUCAAUCGCGUCAUGACGGACACGAGAGACAAAGUCCUUUUCCUCAAGAAAUGCCGGGCCGUCAAAACCGUAAUCCUCAUCAUCGGUUCCUUUACAGCUACCUACGUCCCCUUCGUUGUAGGCGUCAUGGUUUACUGUCUCGAGGAAAAGAAAAGGGAGUGCCUCCUGCACCUCUUGAACACUCUACUGUACUGUGGCGUUGUGGCGAACUCGCUGGCCAACCCGAUGCUGUAUGCCUACGGUUACAGGGAGUUCAGGCUCAAAACGAGGAGGUUUAAGGGCGUCUUUGCGAGGGAGAGAACGAGGGUUGUGACUUGAUUCGUUUUACAAUUACACAAAACUGUUUAUAUUUAGGUAUUGUAAAUAUUUUAAAAGUUAGGGCGCGGUAGAGGUUUACAACAGGAUCGCACCCAACUCAAACGAACAACCAUGGCGGAUUCCAUGGGGUUUAUGGGCAUUUUGUAAAGUAAAAAAAAGAGAUAACGGAAAACUCGAGAAAAUUUUAUUUUGAGUAAUAAAUAAGCAACAAAUAGGAAAAAAAAUCGGAGCCAAUAUUAAGUCACGGAAGAUUCGUCGCGGCCCUUAGCGAAAGCCCCAAUAAAUGAAGCCCCAUCCUAAAGGCAUAAUUUCCUACAAAGAACAGCUUUCCCCAAGGACCCCCUCCCCCUCCCCUCCCCCGAUUUCUCACUAGCCUAGCUCCGCCCCUUCCCAAUCACCUUAUUAACCUAGACCCUUCCCAAUCAUUGCUUCCUACCCGACUGCUACAACCGUUAGAAUACUCUGUACUUUAAAA